AUGGAGGCGGGUCGCGCGCGUGGUAACCGUGGCAACCGUCCCUUCAGAUUGAGCCUAGGGCUGACGAGUGUCCGGCAUAUAGUAGAUAGGCUGGAGGCCGAGUGCACGCAGAGCGCUGUGCCCAGCAGCGGCCUAGAGGUGGUCAAAUACGACCCGAAUGUUGUCGACGCCUGCCGCGGACACGGUGACCUCACGUUCGCCACGCCGAACGGACAAGUCUGGAGCAGAUUCGCCGUCGCCGUCGGCAGAUGCGUCCCCAGCGUCACCCUAGCCAAUUUCGGAGCACUGUCCGUCGCGACAGCACUGUUCGCCCCGAGGAUGAUCUCUUAUCUAGUGCUGUAUCCGUUUUGCAGAUUGGUAUUCGGAACCCUCUACCCGGCUUACGCCUCAUACAAAGCUGUGCGCACGAAGAAUCUGAAAGAAUACGUAAAAUGGAUGAUGUAUUGGAUAGUAUUCGCACUAUUCACGUGCACAGAGACUUUCACGGACGUGUUCCUAUCUUGGUUCCCUUUCUACUACGAGGUGAAGAUAGUAUUGGUGCUAUGGCUCCUCUCGCCAGCCACCAAAGGUUCCUCAAUUCUCUACAGGAAGUUUGUCCAUCCCGCACUUUGCAGGCGGGAACAGGAAAUAGAUGAGUACAUUGCCAAAGCCAAAGAUCAAGGUUACCACACUGUGCUCAACUUGGGCACUAAGGGCGUCAACUAUGCAACCACCGUCAUUAUGCAGACUGCCAUAAAAAAUUUCAACAUUCCGAAUGCCGAGCGAGCGGUCGACGGUAGGAGGGCUAUAGUCGGGCGAGACGUGACCGACUACGGGGAGGCAUACAAUCUCGAGUACCAGCGGGCUGAGGAGAGGGAAUCCCCCGGUCUCGAGAUACUGGAGAUAAGCGCGCCCGAGGAGGAACGUCAGGUCCUCGAUGGUGCUGGUGACAACGACCCUGACUACCAGCCAGUGCGCGGGCGUACGAACGGCGUGAGGAAACGUAAGACGGCCAAGGAGAAGAGUUCGCGAAGCAAGUCUAGGGGGCGCCGCACUCGAAGCCAGACCGCCAUAGACAAAGGGAAGGAGCUCGCGGUCGAG